AUGUCCUCGCUAUCGUUUGCUCUCUUCGGCCUACUCGUCUCGCACGCCACACAUGCUAUCCCUAUGUCCCGACGAUUCUCUGGGAGAAAUUUCCACUCUUAUGACAGUAUGAGGAGGCAGGGGAAUGUAGAUGGAACUAUCGGAUUAGGAGACAACUCGGACUUACUUUACACGGUCCCCAUUCAACUGGGAGACACCACUACCGUCGUUAACCUUGACACCGGCUCGUCUGAUCUCUGGGUAAUAACCACCGACUGCACAACAAAUGCCUGCGCCAAGUCACGCACGACCCAUCUUCCUGCCAAGUCUCUGUCGAGGACUGGUGCAAAUGUAACGAUGAGAUACGGGGAUUCUACGACUGGCACCUACGCAACAGGAAACAUUGCCAUAGACACUGUCUCCAUUGCCGGCGUAGCUAUUGAGAACCAGCUUUUUGCCGCUAUCGAAGACACGACCAAUGCUGUCGUCCAAUUUGGUGCUGCGGGUAUUUUCGGUCUGGGCUUCCCGACCGAGUCACAGAUCCAAGGCGCAGCAGUCACCAAGCAGUUUGGCCCACAAGCAACAACUGACCAUUUCGUUGCCUCGUCUUAUGCAGAUGGUCCACUCAUCUCCAGAAUCGCACAAACUGGAGCCCUAGAGAUGGCUAUGUUCGCUAUCACUCUUCAACGGUCCACCAUCGAUAUUUCUGGUACUGGUGCACUCACUCUCGGCUCACUUCCACCUGGCGUCGAUAACAAGACCAUCACAUGGGUCCCCGUCCGUCUCUACAAGCCUGAGGAGGGUGGAAUUACGGCACCGACCUUUGCGCCAAACGAGGUCUACCCACUUCGCUGGGAAAUUGAUCUGGAUGCUGUCUGGCUUGAUGGCAGGAAAGUCCCCGCUUCCAAGAUCCCAACUAGCGGUGGUGUUGAUGCCACGAGGAUGUCUGCACUUAUGGACACCGGAAACUCGAUUCUUCGUGGGCCAAAAGAUGUGGUCAACAACAUACUUGGCUCAAUCUCGCCCGAGUACGACCCCACAAUUCCCAACAGCGCCACACUCGCUUGUGCUCAAGCCCACAACUUGACUUUCCAAAUCGGCGGGAAAAUGUUCCCCAUCGACCCCCGCGACCUGAUCGGCCCGACGGAAGCCGGUCAAGCACAGGAAUGUGUGGUUGACAACCUUGUUUCGACCGAUGCUCCUGGUGUUGGUGCGCUUUUCCGCUGGAGCUUAGGCGAUCCGUUCUUUCGGUCGAACUUGGUUAUCUUCCACUUUGGCAACCUCACCCACCCUUCGCAAGACCCUCCUAGAAUCGGCAUCGUCUCCCAGGUCCCCGCAAACGCUGCCGACCUGCUGCUCCAAGCCAUCGCUGAUGCGGAAGACAACGGUGGUAACUUCGACUCUACACUCAUCGUUGCGCCAACACAGGAAGCCGAUCUGAAGCCUGAAGUAACUGUCAGACCGCUCUCCGCCUCCUCCCAGGCAGCUGGCCUCACCAGCAAGAAGGCUGCCCCGACAUCCAUUGUUUCCAAGCCACCUACUCGCCCAGCGACAACAACGGCGCCCACGAUUCCCCAGCAGACCAAUGUCGGAACAGCAAACGACAACAAGACUUCGGGAGCAUCAAAUUUACGGCCUGCGUUGGCGGCUCUCGUUUUGGCUGUGUUUGGUGCUGCUGUUAUUUGGUAG